AGGUGGCCCUGCGCCCCCCACGCGCUCUGAUCCAGCCGCCUUGCGCCCUGGACCUGGCCCCCCACGCACUGCGUGCCCGACGGCCGGCGACUCCUGGCGGGAAGAGGAAGGGAAAAGGUCCACAUGGAGGGGGCUGGGGGUCCCCGGCGGCUCCGCGACUGGCUGGUGGCACAGAUCGAGAGCGGGCGCUACGCGGGGUUAUGCUGGGAAGACCCGGGCAAGACCAUCUUCCGCAUCCCCUGGAAGCACGCAGCCAAACAGGGCUACCAGGCGCAGCAGGACGCUGCGCUCUUUAGGGCCUGGGCCGUGUACAAGGGCAAGCACCUGGAGGGCACUGACAAGGAGGACCCCUCUACCUGGAAGACGCGGCUCCGCUGUGCCCUCAACAAGAGUGCUGACUUCUGUGAGGUGCGCGAGCGUAGCCAGCUAGACAUCUCCAACCCCUACAAGGUCUACCGGAUUGUAUCCGAGGUCGCCCGUGACCCAGUGACCAAGGCCUGUGCUCUCCCUGAAGAGGGCAUUCCCCUGAGCCAGCAGAAGCCUCCUGGGGAAGUGACUGGGCAAGCUUGCAGAACAGUCCAGGACCGCUCUGGAUUAGCUGCAGAGGAUGAGGACAAGGAGUCAGCUUCCAGGCUGGCCCAGGAGGGCUCCCUACUGCCAGCCGCCCUGCUGCCAAACCCUUUAGCUGACCACAGGUACCUGGCACAGGACCCCGCCCACUCCUGGAGCCCCGCCCCCUCGGAAGAUUUCAGCAACCCGGAUUGUUGGCUGCACGUGCGGCUGUUCUAUGGCGCGGCGCUAGUGCGCGAGGCCACCGCGCGCACGGCGGAAGGCUGCCGUCUGAGCCCACCGGCAGCAGCUGCCGCCGAACGCCUGCUGGCACCGCCGCCACGCAUCGCGCAAGUUCGUUUCCCUGAGCCGCCGCCAGGAGCCCGCGUGCUGCAGCGCCUGCUGCCGCACCUGGAGCGAGGCGUGCUGUUGUGGGUGGCACCCGAGGGCGUAUUCGCCAAGCGCCUGUGCCAGGGCCGCGUGUACUGGCGCGGCCCGCUCGCCCCGCACCGCGCGCGACCCAACAAGCUGGAGCGGGAGCGCACCUGCCAGCUGCUAGACACGCGCCGCUUCCUCGACGAACUGUGUGCCCACCUGCGGGACGGCCACCCGGAGCCCGAGUACCAGAUCCGUUUGUGCUUUGGUGAGGAGUACCCGGGCCCUCCGGGCCAGCCCGAGGAGCGGCUCGUCAUGGCCCACGUGGAGCCAGUCUUCGCCCGUGAGCUCCUCUGGCACUCGAAGCACCUCGGCGGCCCUGAGGGCCCCCAGCCCGGCAUCCCCGACACUGUCAUCCACCUGCUGACACACCUGAGCCAGCCCUGAGCAGGCCCCAUCCUCCUCUCACGCCCCUA